ACUUGUGAAAGGCAUCAGUUUCAGAAAAGCCAUUGCAUUGAUUCAGACUAAAAGCUAUGGUUCUCCGAUCUUCUAUAGCAUUGUAUCUCUGCGGGGUGUUACUAUCCAGCUGCUGUGCAAAGCCCAAGCUCCACUUUGGCAGCUGUCGAGGAUCGGGCCAGUGCCGCCUCGUUGAGGACUGCCUGGCGGAGCCGGGAUUUGUUCAGGCCGAGGACUCCUCCGAGUGCUUGAACACGGUUUGCUGCGUGAGGCGCCAGUCGGAGUACUCGCAAUCGGUGGAGAACUACUGCAGCCACGACCUGAAGCCCCACAUUUCGAAUGGCGAGGUCACCAAGGUGCGGGAGUUCCCCUGGAUGGCCAUGUUGCUGUACGGCGAUAGGCUGCAGCCAAAGUGCGGAGGUUCCCUGGUGGGCCAGAGGUGGGUCCUGACCGCCGCGCAUUGUGUGCCCCGGCAUGAUUACGAUGAGCAACUGCGUCUCGUUCGCUUGGGAGUGUGGGAUGUGCGGCAGGUGAAGGAUUCCCAGGACUUUCCCAUUGCGAGAGUCAUCGUUCACGAGCUGUACCGACCCGCCGAGACAACGGGGACUAGUCUGGAGAAGCACACCCAUGACAUUGCCCUGCUGCUUCUCAGCCGCAGCGUCACCUACUCGGAGUUCAUCCAGCCAAUCUGCCUGCCCUCGCCGUACACUCCCUCCCGCGGGGAUGCCUAUGUGGACUACAGCCUGACCAUCGCCGGUUGGGGUCGCACCAGUGAGCUGACCACGGACACCAGUCCGGUGAAGAUCAAGGCCCAGGUGAGUGGCUGGUCGCGGGACAGCUGCAAGAAGCUCUACGAGGACGUGGGCGAGGCCCAGAUGUGCGCCGGUGGCGGUGCCUCCAGGAAGGGCAGCUGCUUCGGCGACUCCGGCGGCCCGGUGAUGGACGGCAACCAGCUGGUGGGCAUCGUCUCGCUGGGGGAGUCCAAGUGUGGAUCCGACCGGGGACCCAUGGUGGUCACGCGGGUGGAAUCUUACGUGGCCUGGCUGGAACACCACCUGCUCACGCGUCCUAAGACGAACAAGCACUCGCAAUUAUUCAACAUUUUCGUUAGGAAAGUUUUUAGCUAGUGUGUAAAACUGGAAAAGUUUCGCAACAAGUCAAUAUGUGUGCCAAAAUAAUGCUCUCUCUGUAAAUAAUUAAUUGUACCAUGUAUUUCUUAGAAUUUUUUAUAAAUGUAUUUUUUUUAGCCAAUUUUGAACAAUAAAUGGUAGUCUAAUACUUACUAAA